UAGAUUUUGAUGAUAUCAAGGAUAUCAACAUAUAAACAUAUAAGUCAACAUCCAAUCUUACAAUAAAUUCGUGGAUUGCUAGUACCGUCCAUAAGUAGUAAUGCACUGAAUAUUUUCAAAAUUAGCACCGUUGAUAUUUAUACGUUUUAGACCAACUUCCCAUUGAAACGAAUCCCAACCAUCAAAAUCUUAAAAACGUAUAACCAACUAACACAUUCUUCUCUCCAACUCAAAGAAAAAAAGAAAAAAAAGAUACAUUGUACCACUUCACACCCCACAAUUUCUGAUAUACCUUCAUUUCCUCCCCACGACCCCUCUCUCUCUCUCUCUAAACUGCCUAUAAAUAGCGAAGCAGUCCCCAGCCAAGCCCAUCCAUUCAAAUUGAAUACACGCCCUGAACCUGAGGCUUCUCUCACGAGUCACGACCUCACCACAUCAUCAAUCAAUCCCAUUCCUCAACAGCAAUGGUACUCCAUUCCAAACCAGCAAUCGAACAGUUGUCCAAAGCCAAUAACUGCGCCGCAUUUUUGGGCGGCAUCCCGCUCAUCGACCUCUCCAAACCUGACUCCAAAGCGCAGCUCGUCCGAGCCUGCGAGGACUUGGGCUUCUUCAAGGUCAUCAACCACGGCGUCCCCGCCGACCUCAUCAGAGAGCUGGAGUCGGAAGCCGUCAGAUUCUUCUCCCUCCCUCUCUCCGUGAAGGAGCAGGCCGGCCCGCCCGACCCCUUCGGCUACGGCGACAAGAAGAUCGGCCCCAAUGGCGACGUCGGAUGGGUCGAAUACCUGCUCCUCACCACCAACACCCACAACUUCCCAUCCAUCUUCGGCGAGGCCGCCGACAAAUUCCGCUGGCUGGUGAAUGAAUACAUCUCGGCCGUGAAGAAGAUGGCCUGCGAGAUUCUGGAAAUGUUGGCGGAGGGAUUGCGGAUUCAGCCCAGGGAUGCUUUCAGCAAGCUGCUCAUGGAUGAACAGAGCGACUCUGUUUUCCGGGUGAAUCACUACCCUCCGUGCCCGGACGUUCAGGGCCGGAAUUUGAUCGGCUUCGGCGAGCACACCGACCCUCAGAUCAUCUCUGUGCUCAGAUCCAACAACAUUUCCGGCCUUCAAAUCUCCCUCAAAGACGGCCGCUGGAUUUCAGUCCCCUCCGACCACAACUCCUUCUUCAUUAAUGUUGGCGACUCCUUACAAGUGAUGACUAACGGGAGGUUUAAGAGCGUGAGGCACAGAGUGGUGGCCAACGGUUCGAAAUCGAGGCUGUCAAUGAUUUAUUUUGGAGGACCACCAUUGAGUGAAAAGAUAGCUCCAUUGGCAUCACUCAUGCAAGGGGAAGAAGACAGCUUGUAUAAGGAAUUUACAUGGUUUGAAUACAAGAAAUCGGCUUAUAAGUCAAAAUUGGCCGAUAAUAGAUUAGGCCUCUUUGAGAAGAUUGCAGCCUCAUGAUGUGUCUUUUCCUUUAGGUAUAUACAUGGCUAGUUGGAUGUAGAUGCAAAUGUUCCCAGUCUUAUUGCUUCGUCUCGUGCUUCGUUUUACCACUAUUGUGUUGGAGGUCACAAUGACGAAACUUGUAGUUUUCGUUUUGGUUGUGAAGAUAUUAAUUGCUUGUUAUACAUCAUGUAAAUGUUCUUGUUAAUUGACUAAUAUAAGAAUUCAUCACGACCA